AUGGACCGGCGCGAGGAUGUUUUGCGACAGGCCCUCGAUAAGAACGCCAGCGAAACGGAGCGCUGGCAGGCGUUCAAAAGCGAUAACGAGACCACCAUCCGGAACCUGGACCUGUUCGCCCGGAAUCUCAGCGUGGAGGUUAUGGUGCCCAUCGGUGGGAAGGCCCUGAUGCCCGGCGAGCUGAUCCACACCAACGAGCUGCUGGUGGCUCACUACGAGGGCUACUUCUCCGCCUGCUCCGCCCACAAGGCCAAGGAGAUCUGUCGCCACCGCCUGAAACUGGCCGAGGAGCAGUUGAAAAAGCUGGAAACCGAAUCCGAUCUCUGGACGAACAAACUUAACACUCCGCGAAUGGAGGGUGCCAUGCCCAAUGAGGAUCAGGUGGAAAUCGUGGAAGAUUUUAACGAGGAGUCGCACAACAAGUGGAUGACGGAGCACAGGGAGCGGGUGCGUCAGCAAAAGCAACAGGAGCGGGUCAAGCGGCAGGCGGAACCUUCAGCAAGCGAUGAUGAAGUGCUGAGAAAGCUGGAGGAGCGCGAAAUGAUGGAGGAACUAGGUCUAGAUCCCGACGAUGUCAACGAAGAGCAGCUGCAAGAGCUGCUCAAUGAGGAGCCAUUAAAUACCGAACCCCCUGCCAAAUCCCUAAGCCAAGAGCAGGAGUCGGAGCUCUGGCAGAAGCUGGAAGCUGAGGAGCAGCAAGAAGCUGCAGAUCUCAGCCCGGAAGCAGAAGAAAGCCUGAAAAACACGGACAUUUUAGUCCGACAGCUAAUGUCUGGGUAUCAAGAUACUCCCACUGCCAAAAAGCGGGUAGGAGGCAUCAAAAAGGCUGUGGAAAUCGAAGAAGUCAUAUCACUUGAUGAAAAUGAAGACGAUGGGGACCAAGAGGAGGAGGUGCAAACCAUACGAGAACAGAUGUCUCUCCUGCCCAACGAAGAACGCGAGCCCUUCCUCAGAGCUCAACUGCAGGUGCUCAAGGCCAAAAUGCGAAAGAUACAAAAGGUGAACUUCAUAAGCGACGAGCUGAUUCACCUGAUGAACGUGGUGGUCAUGCUGGAGGACGAUCUGCAGGACAUGAUUUUCGAGCAGGAGAUGGAGGCCAGCAACGAUGGGGAUGACGAGGAGAAAAACACCGAAGAGGAACCCAUUGAAGAGCCUGAAGUUGUACCUGAAGCCAGCACAAACAAACGUCGCAUUUCCUUUGCUCUUGCCGAUGAAAAGCUAGAGUUUAGACGGGAAGAAACUGUGGCCGAAAUGCUGCCCAAUGCGAAAAAGAAGAACUCCAGGGAUAUUAUAAAACUGGACGAUAGUAUCACACCUACAAAUGAUAUUCACAAUCGAAUUCAGGAAGCAAAACACUUUAGUUUUAAGCAUUCGGAUGCUGUGCCUUCUUCCAAAAGUGAUCAAGCUGAUGCCAUACCAGCAGCCAAUAAAAAAGAGCCUAAAACAAACUCGGAUAUUCUGCAGAAGGUUGAAAGAAACAUUGAGUUUGUCAAGGAGAAUCAGAGUGUCCAGGACUUUGACUUGCUCAAUCGAAUUCUGGAAGAGUCCACGGGACGUAUCAACACUCUACACAUUAGUUUCAAACAUUCCGAUGCAGUGCCUUCUCCCAAAAAAGAUCAAGAUGAUGAUGCUAUGCCCGGAAACCCAGCGGAUUUCUAUGAGAAAUAUGAGAAGGAUGUGGCAAAGCUGAAUCAGUCGUUUCCCAUAUACGUUAAUGGCUUCGAAGGCGAGGAGCAGGUUAAAGUGCCCAUCAUGAGCGAAGCUGCGCGUGGAUCAGCCUAUGAAGAUCCCAGAAGUCAGUUUUCCAAGCCAUGUGGUUCUGAGGGAGAAGCAGCCACAAAGUCAAUACUCCGGAACAAGGAGGCUGUGGCAUUGGAACCGCACGUCGUCAGCCAGCAGCCCAAGAAGGGUAAAAAGGGACGGAAGCAGAGGAAGAAAGAGCGCACACUGGAGGACGAGCUGCGCGACAUGAGUGCCUACCAGAAGGUGAUGCACGAUCUCGUGGAGAAGGAGGAGCCCACGGCACCGGAGCCGCUGCCACAGGGCAAGUUCAUCGAUUCGCAUGCGCCCAAAAAGCGGGUCAGCCGCUUCAAGGAGCAGCGCGCACUCAACAAAACGUAGCGAAGAGUAAAACUUCAGCUGGGAAUUACUCGUAUAUUUGUUCAAGUUUAAUGUGAAUUUGUAUUACAAACACAACGCAAACAAUAAACAACUACUGGUGUGGUGUACAA